GUGAGGGUGCGCGCGCAAGUAUGUGUGUGUAAAGAAUGAAGAGCGGAAGUAGACCGACCAUUUUGAAAUCCUGCACCGCCUGGCGUGAUGGAUAAGGGCCACACCGUGAAGCUUUUUGUGGGGAACCUGGCCCUGGACACCACACAAGAGGAACUGUCCGCCAUUUUUGAGUCCUAUGGCCAAGUGGUGAGCUGCAGCGUCCUUCGGCAGUUCGCCUUCGUCCACUUGCAGGGAGAGGGUGCAGCCGAACGCGCCAUCCGCGAGCUCAAUGGCAGAGAGUUCAAAGGUCGUAACCUGGUGGUGGAAGAGUCGCGGGGACGGCCUCUUCACUCCACCAAGGUGUUUGUGGGCAACCUGAGCGGCAUGUGCACCACAGAAGACCUGAAGGAGCUUUUUCAGACUUUUGGGAAGGUCCUGGAGUGCGACAAAGUGAAAGGCUACGCCUUUGUGCACAUGGAGAACAAGGAGGACGCACUACAAGCCAUCGAAGCCUUGCAUGGGACCUCGUUUAAGGGCCGUCCACUUUCCGUGGAGUUAUCCAAAGUCCAGCCCAGCAAGCAAACGCCGACCGGAAAGAUCCCUUGUGUUAGCUGUGGUAAACAGGGUCACUAUGCUGGCGAGUGUCCCAGUGGGAAGCCUGCUCUGGAGCAGUACCAGAGUCAAGCAGCAGUGCUAGCGGCAGCCGCUGCCGCCGCUGCCGGACUUCCACUUCAGGUACAACAGAGCGUUCACAAUUCUGUCUACAACACCACAACUUUUGACCCCACCUAUGCUGCUUUGACUGGCCUGACUGCUGCUGGCGCAAGAGCAGACGGUGCGACCGCAGUUGCACCUGCUGUAUACGGAGCCCUCGCAAACCAGGUUUACGGAACUGUCGCAAACCAGCUCUAUGGAAGCACAAUGGCAAAUCAGGCGCUCAACACUGGGGCCACUGCUGCGCAGGUCUAUGGCUCUCUUAACCCUGCCCUCUAUGGCCAGGUGACAAGUGGAAGUGUUGCAGCAGCUGCAGCCGCCGCGGCCGCCUAUGGGCCACAGGUUUACACACCUGCAAUGGCCAACCCUGUGUUUUUAGCCGCAGCACCAAGCAUGGAUGUACCUGCGGCUGCGGCUGCCGCCGCUGCCGCUGUUAACCCGGCCUACACAGUAGCUUCAGCUAUUUACACAGCCAGCCCUGCAUACAGUGCUUUGGGAGCGGCUGACCCAACUGCCAUCUUUGAGGCAGCGAGGGCUCAGUAUUUUGCACAGGGACAGCACGUGCUAGCAGAGCAGCAGUCAGCUUCUUCAAGAUCUGGGGAAAGGGACAGGAGCCCACUCAGAAGAUCAGCACCUCUGCUGCCUGACCCAGUUAUGAAGCCCUUCCUGUAUCAGCGGGCCAAGCGUCGAGCCCUGCUGCCUACUCCUGCAGGCCGGGAAGAGGCCGCCGCCCAGGAAGAGGAUGCAGUGGCCAGGUAUUAUGCUGAGUACUAUCAGCAGUACCAGCAGCUUGCUCAGUACCCACAGUACCCAACAGUUCAUUACACAGCCCCGAGCCCACUUGCGGCGGUGCCUGGCAUCCAAACCCUGUCAGCCGUUCCUACCGCCCUCGACCAGCUCAGGCCAGUGCUGCCCGCCGCCCCCGUGCCUGCCGCUGCUGCCAUCGCCGUGGCAACAUCCCGCGUGUAUGAGCCGCCGCCGAUUCCGCCGUCGCGCAAGGAGACCCUCCUGCGCCGCUCCGAACUCGCCCUGCACCCCUCCGAAACGCCCUUCCGAUAGUGUGCACUUCCUCCCACUGCCCCCCCUUUUCUCCUCGCGCCAUGUUUCUGACUGUGUUUGGAUGGUGUGUGUGGUUUUUGUAAGUGGGGGGGUCCUGUGUGUAUGUAUGUAUGUAUGUAUGUAUGUAUGUGUGUGUGUGUGUGUGUGUGUGUUUGUCUGGGUGCCUUGGCUUUUAAGGACUAGAAUAUCUGACCUUGGUCCUGUUCACACACCCGGAGUCAGGGUUAGGCAAGGGAGCGUGUGCACACACAUUCAUCCACAUAAGUUUCAAAUCUCAAACCUUAAACCUGUAGACAGCUUUAAGGUGUAGGCUGAACUAUUCGCCAUCUGAUGUUUUAUGUGUUUUUAUAUAUAAAUAUAUAUAAAAGUAGCCUAUGAAUGAUACCGUACUUGAGAUUUUUAAGAUUUGCUUGAAAUAAUUUGAGGAACUAUAAACCGGUUUACAUUGUCUUCUGUACUAUAACUCUUUAAACACAUACACGUUGAUGCAUUUUUAAUCACGUUUACUCCCCGAGGUGUGUGAAGUCCCGGACCAGGGUUUGACACUUUUUUAAUGUGUUUUUCGUGUGUGGUGUGUGUGUGUGUGUGUGUGUGUGUGUGUUUGUCUUUUCGAAUCAGUGUAUGUGUGUGGAUGUCGGUUGUGUUGGUCGCAAUGACUGAAUGACAGGCACACACACACACACACACACACACACACACACACACACACACACACGGAUAGACACACACAUGCAUUUAGGGAAACUGCCUCGAUCUUCUUCCACGACACAUGUAUAUAUACACACACACACCUUUACAUCCUGAGAGACAAAAAAAAAAUAGAGUAAAUGAUCAGUGAUGACGUGUAUCACUCCCACCCCCAUCCCACAUCACCCAUUUUGAAAGCUGAAAGACACUGUGAAUCCUUUCUACUUUUAGUUUAUGUUUAUGUAGCUACACUGAGCAGCACAGUGUUCAGACAGGGACUAGCCAAUUUGGGAAACAUAUGAUGGCUAGAUGUGCCAUUAGCUAGGAUUGCUCCAAGGCUGAUCGGUCCUACAUUUAUUGAUGUAACUGCCAUUUUGCAAUAGUACAGCCAUUUUUUAGAAUCUUAUCGGAAAGUUUUUUUUUAAUGAAAUGAUGGGACUCAAGCGUCUUUAAAAAAAAAAAAAGGAAAAAAAAAAAAAAACUAAACUCCAUAAUCUUUGUUUACAACCAGGAAUGAGAAGUAGCUGUUUUCAGAAUGAACAUGUUUUUAGCCAAAUUUUUUUCUUUUAUUUUUUUUAAAAACUUAUUAUUCGUAUGCCUUAUUAGAGCAAUGUAUAAAAAGUGUGCUAUUUUCUGAUUGUAGUCUUAAAAUGUGAAACUAGAUGGAAGCCCAGCACAAUGCGAGUGCUGUACUUGGUGUGGGAUUAAAACGAAACGGGAGAUCAGUUUCUUUCAGUCUUCUGUCCCAUUCGCUGUAUAUCAUCACUAGACUGCCCCUCGUCCAUCCUCCAUCUGUCUUUAACUGUGUGCCAUCAUCAUCAUCAUCAUCAUCAAAUCAACUACCUUACACGUACCUACACAAUGAAGAGACCAGUGUUAAUGGGAAUGUCUGAGAAAUUGUCUUCAUUGGUGUAGAUUGUAUGUACAAAUAUAACGGAAUAAUAAGGGUCUAUGCAUGGGCUUUAGGAAAAAUUAUCUAGUGUAACCAAGUAUAUAUAAUAAAAAAAACACAAAUGUUUGAUUUCUUUGAAAAGUAAA